GAUAUCGUCGAUAUAGAAACAUUUUCACAGCUGAAUGAAAUGGAUUUUAAUCGUUUAAACCUAAACACUGGACAGAGGAAAAAAAUUCAAAAAAUUCAGGGGCAAAUUGCCAAUUACUCAAAGCAUACUAAAAAAGAACACAUCGAUAACGGAGAUUACGAGGAAUAUGAAUACAUCGAGUAUGAAGACGAAAUGGGAAUUUCAUUGGAAAAGGUAAUUGUAUUACUAAUUAUAAAUACAGCAGUGAAGUACUAAAUAUAAUAUGACUACUAAAAUUCUCUUUCAGGAAUUUGAUAUUGACUGCUUAUUCCAACAGACACCAGAAGGAAGAACUAUUAUCGAAAAACUAAAUGAACAAAAAUCUGUCGACAGCAAAUUGAUCAAAGCGAUCACAACCAUCUUAAGUGACUAUCUCAUCAACAGAUUUGGAUAUCAUCCAAGUGCUCAUCAUAAAAACAUUGUUGCAAAAUCUCUGGUCAAUAAAUAUGAUGUUUUGAGAUCGAACAGCGCUGAAGUGCCACAGGCCCUAUGGUUUUAUCCACACGGACGCGGACAUGGAAGACAUAGCGGUAAACUGCACUUCCAUAUAGAGUACCUGGUCAAGAAAUUCGAGAAGCAGAUUCGACGGACAAAGGAUGGAAAUGUUGCCAUUGAAACUGUGGACACCCUCGUUAGUGAUUUAACCGACGAUCAGUUAAAUGAUGUGAUUGCCAAAUUAAAGUUCAUCGUUCCGUCAGAAGCGUCGUUCGAGAUAAUUAAGUCUGACUGGAUGAAAACAUUUGAGGCGCGAAAUGCAUUACGGAGUAAGGAGAAUCCAGGAGAUUUAAUAGAAAUCAUGAUGGAACAAUUUCCUUUGUCGACGUCAUUUAAUGGACAAUUGAUAAACUUGGAAUUCAAUGAAAUGUUUCCAGCAGUCAUUGCCAACUGGGGCCAGUGGAGUGCUCUUCAAGAGAAGGUCCUGAACAAUUUCAACGACCUGCACUCAACUGUGAACACUAAAUUCAUACGAACAUUGCUGAUCAUAAAGGAUAAAAAUCCAUCCCGAGGCGUUAAAAGGGUCAAUAAAGGAUCGCAAAAAAUUGCAAACCUCCUGGAAGGCAUCAUUGAAUGGAUAAAUCCGGAGGAUGAUGUCGAGCAGUAUACAUUGGGCUAUCGGAGCAGCACAAAUCCGGUGUUGAUCAUCAAAGCCCAACUGUACUGUGAAGGAGUUUGUUUUAUCCGUAUUGGAAAACGUUUUUUUUGGUAGACUCCGAAAUUGAGGAAGCGUUCGGAACAUUAAUUAGGACACAUUACUUUUUCAACUGUAAAUUUGAUGCCGCACAUGCUAACUUUUUCUCAUUUUUUACGGGGGCUAUUUUGAACAUAACUAAGCCAUCCACUACCGUGAAUGAUUUCAUCGUAAAGUUGAAAUAAACUGUUAACUGUUUUUUACCAAUUUCACAUGAAUUGAUAAAUAAAAAUUGGUGCAUAU